AUGGAGAUUCGAGCGGAGCAGAGAAAACAGAGUGAGAAUCAGCUGUCCCAACUGGAAGACUCUGAGAAGGAGCACAGGGAAAAGCUACUCAGGUUAAAAGGGGAGUUGGAGGAGAAACACGAGAGGUGGUUGUCAUGCCAGCGAAGGUGCGACACCUUACAGGAGCAGCUGUCGUCGUGGCAACAGAGAGGGGAACAAAUGAACCGGAAGUGCUGCACGGCGGAAGAGGAAGUGACACGGCUGAGGGAGGCCCUGGAGAAAGUCCUGCGGGAAACGAGAGAGCUGAGGAGAGAAAGAGACAUAUUGAUAGAGUCGCAUGGCAGAGCUCUAACCAAGAUGGAGGAAGACUGCAGACAGCAAAUGGCCUCAAAGCUGACUGCUGCCUUGGAAGAGCAGAGGACCCAGAAUGCAGUGCACCUGAGGAAGCAGACGGAGGAGUUUCGGAGGGAGGUGGACCUAGAGGUGACGAUUGACAGGGAGAAGAACCAACUGCUGCUUCUACAAUACCAACGAGACAGCACGCAGCUUCAGCAGAAGCUGGAGCAGAGAGAGCAGGAGCUGCGAGGACUGACAGAGGAGCUGCAGCAGGAGAGGAGGAGCAGGGACGAGGAGAGGAGGACACAAGAUGAGCAGAGGAGGAGGAGAGAGGAGGAAAUCCACCAAGAGCUGCAGCUCUUCCAACAGCAGGAGGCACUACAGCUGAGCCAAGCUAAAGCUGAACUACAGCAGAUGACUGAGAGGAAUGCUGAACUACAAGAAGAGGUGGCGUUACUCCAGGAGACAGUAAGGAGGGAGUGUGAGGAGAGGGAGGAGCUGACCGCUGCUCUCUCUACAGCUCAAGAGGAGCUUCUUGGAUUGCGCUCCUCAGCGUCUCAUCAAGGCUCCUCCAGAUCUCCUUCAAACCCCAUGGAGAGACACACCCCCCCAGGGAACAAGCAUUUCCAUUUCCAUAGUCAAGCCCGGGUAUCUCUUACUCGCUCUUCAACCUCCCCAAACACCCUCCGGCCCUCCCCUGUCCGCACAGACAAAGACAGAGGCCAGGGCACAGAUGGAGGAGGAGCAGGGAAGAGUUUGGAGCCCUGGAAUGGUGGUGGGGUGUUAGGUGGAGAAAAACGGCGAGAGGGGACGCUGCCCAGACUGAAAGCAAGUGGGACAGUGAGUGAAGCCAAACGUAAGGUCAGUUUAGUGAUGGGGAGGAAGGAGAGACUGUAAAAAGCAAUCACAAACUAUCAAAAUAAAACACAAUUUAUAUAGUAUAACAGUGUUGUUUUGAAAUAGUAUUUUAAUAUUAAUCGUAUCAUUUUAAAAGUAUUUUUAUUUUUCCCUUAAAAUUUAACAGUACAUGCAUUUCUAGUCAAAGUUCCCUCUAACUGUCUGUCUCACACAUAUAUAAAUAUGUACACACAGUUGUGUCUUGAUACACAAGACACAACUGCUGAGUCCUGUUCGUACACCAGCAAACUCCCAGGACACACACUCUCCGACAGACAUGGACUUGUUUUCUCAAAACCCAGCUCACGCAGUCUCGGUGGCACGCACAGGAUUUCACAGACAAACACCCAAGCACGCACAAAGUAUAUACACACACACAUACACACAGACAUAUGCAAACACACACACAGCCUGUCACAAGGGCAGGGCUGAAGGAGCAUGACAGCAUGUCCCUUGCCACCCGUGGACACAAACAAAAGGCCGGCAAACACAAAAGAAACUGUAAGGCAAGCACCCCCAGACACACACACACAGACACACAACAAUUACUCAGCCCUCUGCCCUCAGGCAUUGUGUGUUAUUGACAUCAUUCACUCCGUGCAAGGUCUUUCCAUCCCUCCCUCUCUCUCUUCCUCUCCCUCUACAUUUGGGAUGAAUUGGCAUGAUGGGAGAAAUGCUUGAAGUGUGUGUGUGACAUGUUACUAAUUUCCCCGCUUACUGGCACACAUGGAAAGCUUUUGGUUUGACUUCCCCGUGUCCUCUCUUCCAAUCCGCCUGCGAGACAAUGCAUGUGCAUGUCGUUCAUACAGAAAAGGUGGGCUGAUAAUGAUUUUAUCCUGCCAACGUUUCCUCUGUAUGCCAAAACACACACACAUAUGGUUUAUCUACUAAAAAACCCCAGUGCCAAAAGGACACUCUGAAGUACAGAACAAUGAACAUUCGGUGCCAUUAAAACCUAAUUUUCUAUGUCCUCUGUUUUUGUCUGAUGGGUAAAUAGGAAAUUUCCUAUCACACAUAACAAACUGAUUCAUGUCUUUUAUUAAAGUGUCUAACAUGGCUCCCAGUAAAGGACUUAAUUUAGAUUUUUUUAUUUAUUUGAUAAAUUCGACUUCAUAAGAUUUUUUUAAUAAGAUUUCUUAAUAAAUCUUAUUCACUCCAGAAAAAUCUUUCAGACACUGGCCCUGGUUAUUUCAUUAAAUGUUGAGUGAGUUGACUUCAUUUAAGAGACAAUCCCUAAUUGCCCCUUUAUAAAAAAAAAACAAUACAUAUUCCAUUGAUGUGAUUUAUGUGGCAAAGGUAGCAUUUGUUUUAUGCUUUGCAGCUGACCUCUUGUUGCCUUCCUGUGUUUUAGUGUGUGACCUUGUGCGUGUUUACUCAUUGCAUGACACUUUGCCAUGUGUGUGUGUCUCCGGUGAGUGAUUGUUUCUGUCCUAACACCACCAUUGCUCACUUUUUUCAUGCAGUGUCAGUGAAGGACAUCAAUUGUAUGGUCAACAUCACAAUGUAGUGUGUGCGUGUCCAUAUGUGUGAAAGAGGAAGACAUUACUUGUAAGAAUGUGCACUGUAUGUGAUUCCAAGUCCCGGUCUAGGGGUGGUUAUUGUUUAAAACAUUUCCAUGCUUGUGCAAGUGAGUUAUUCCAUCAAAC